AUGGGCAAACGACUUCGCCAUGGCGUGAAGAUUCUCGCGAUACUUAUAUUUGGCAUAUUGGUAAUCAAUCUACUACUCUUGAUGGGUUUCGAAGAUGGUGAUAUUCCAAACAACUUCGAAUAUUAUCAGAAAAUGGCAUCUGACUCGAGGAAGCAUGCCAGGGCAGUGUUCAAAGAAAUUCUACAGGACCAGUCAAAGGUGAUCUCCGAUAACUGGGAAGUACUUAAUUUUACGAAAUUUUCCGACAAUGAUCGAAACCGGCCGAUUGUGUUCAUCGGUGGAGUGCCGAGGAGUGGAACCACGCUAAUGCGCGCAAUGUUAGAUGCUCACCCGGACAUUCGAAUAGGAGAAGAGACCCGAAUUAUUCCGAUGAUUAUACAAAUGCAUCGGCAUAUCCUAUCUUCCGAAAAAGAAGUGAGCCGCCUACAAGAGGCCGGUGUGUCUGAAACCAUCAUGGAAGCAGCGUUGGGGGCGUACAUCAUGGAAAUCACCGUGCGACAUGGAGAAAAAGCUUCGUUAAUAGGCAAUAAGGACCCGCUUGUUCUUCUCUCAAUGGUUCAACUUGCGAAAAUUUUCCCGAACGCAUCUUUCCUCUUCAUGGUACGCGACGGACGAGCUGUUGUACAUUCCAUUAUAACACGGCGAGUGACUGUGACAGGGUUUGAUUUGAACUCAUUCCGUUCCGCUCUGCAGACAUGGAACAGAUACAUCGAGCAUAUGCACAAACAGUGCCUUGAGUUGGGUUUAGGCCGCUGCUUACCCGUGUAUUAUGAACAACUCGUGCUACAUCCGAAAAUAUGGAUGAAAAAAAUUCUGAAAUUUCUAAAAGUACCUUGGGACGACAGCGUUUUGAAACACCACGAAACUGUUGGUAAACCAGGAGGAAUUUCUCUGUCAAGGCUGGAGUUCUCAACAGACCAAGUUGUGCGACCAAUUAACGUCGCCGCCCUGUCCUCGUGGGUGGGGCAUGUACCAGAAGAAGUGCUAAAGAACAUGCCGCAAUUUGCGCCGAUGUUGGCCAACUUGGGCUACGAUCCUAUGGCGAUACCGCCGAACUACGGAAUACCCGACGAGCUAGUCAGAAACAAUACCCAGUACUUGAAAGCGAGCAAUAUCUUUCCAGAUAACAGCAUUCCAAAGGAUACCAUAGAGCGAGUACGAAAAAACGAGGAAGCCCUACGUUUGGCAAAAGAGUAUCAGAAAUCAAGAAUUUAAUUCAGAAAGAGUGAGAAUGAUUACAUGCCGAAACCCAUUGUAAUACAGAAAACUUCAAACAAACAUUUUUUUUUGUAAAGAUUAACUUUAUUAGAAGUUAUGUGGGUAAACCUGGAUAUGUUUAGUAUGUUAAAAAAAUGUUUUGAAAAAGGGCAUCUUAUUGUGAAACAAACUAUUUUUUUGCACUAAACAUAGCGUUUGUGUUACUCACUAUUUAUUCGAGCAAAUCAUGUGCACGUUAUUAUUUUACGAUAAAUCAUAUUUUUUUCUGAAUAAUAUAUAACACAAUUAUGUAUACACUAUGCCUAUUCAGCAAUGAAAAC